GUCAGUUCAACCCCAUGAAGGAGAACUUCAUUUUUUCCAUACACUCAACUUUGAUCUGUCAGCCUCAUCAAUUCACUGUCCUUGGCCAUCCGAGAAUCUUGACAGUAAAAUUGCUCAAUAAUCAGGAAGAGGGAAUAUGUUUUCAGAAAACAAUUAAAAUCUGAUUUGUAAGUAUCAAUCCUCAUUCAUCAAAUUUAUUCCAUGAUCGGUCAUGGAGGAAGUCAACAUACACCAAUUAUCUCAAGAUUGGACACCGAAGAUUAGCUUGGUAGCAGUGUCAAUUGCAGAAGAUGCCAAACAGAGACAAAAACUAUCUCUAACGCAGGUUUUCGAGGUUUCGAACAGACAUGGCUGCAUGCUGGGGCAAUAUGUACAUGAUGAUCCAGGAAGUGAAGACAAAUGGCAUUUGGAACUUCGAUAUGACAAGCUCACAUGGGAAACAACACCUCUCGAAAUUGAAAUCCUAGAUAUCAUAGGAUGUGUUCUUUCUCAGUUCAGCAAAUUUCCCGCAAAUUGUGAUCGAAAAUCACCAAGAAAUUGUCACACUAUAUUAUUUUUUACUGACUACUGUACUAUUCAGGGUUAUUGCGCUCACGACAAUACUGAAUUGGAAAAGUUCCAUGAGGUUAUUCAGUUGGAUCUCGAAUUUAGGUGAUUGCAAGUUGGCAAUAAAUGCAACGGACAAACGUACGAACAAUUCACGAAAGCGGCUUUCAUAAACAUCAAACAUUACCUCAUCUGGGUCCAAGAAUUUCCUUUCAACGAAGAAAUGGAGGCACUAUCACCGAGAGACGUCAAUACGAACAUCCGAACGAAACCAAUGGCGCAAAAAGCACCUCCCCCAGCUAAGCUAGCAAGAGAAAAGGAUCAUCCUCCACCACCGCCUAGUGAGGUACCAGAACCACCAUGUUCAGACCGAAAGGAUGGUUCCAUAUAUAGGACCGGCCGCUGCCUUGGAAAGGGAGGAUUUGCUAUCUGUUACGAGGGUCAACUCAAAGGGACAAGGAAGAAGUACGCUCUGAAGAUUGUCAAAAGCCACAUGUCACAAAAGAAAAUGGAGCAGAAGGUUAGUCCAGUGACCCUCGAUCAUAGCAUCAUAAUUAAACCCUUGUAACAGUUUCAAACCGAGCUUCAAAUUCAUUCAAAAAUGAAUCACCCAAAUAUUGUUCGGUUUCACCGAGCAUUUUCAUAUGAUCAAUGCACUUACAUUGCUAUGGAACUUUGCCCUAAUGCUUCAUUAAUGGAUAUGGUCAAAAAGAGGAAAUACCUCACGGAACCGGAGGUUCGUUUCUACACUGUUCAGAUCGCUGGAGCUAUCAAAUAUAUGCAUGCGAGAGGUAUAAUACACCGUGAUCUAAAGAUGGGAAAUAUAUUUUUAGACAAGGAUAUGAAUGUGAAAAUUGGUGAUUUCGGCCUUGCAGCAUUGCUCAUGUCGAAUAAGGAUAUGGCCGCAUGUCGGAGGACAACUUUGUGUGGGACUCCCAAUUAUAUUGCGCCUGAGAUUCUAUCCAAGAACAAUGGUGGGCACGACCAUGCAGUUGACAUAUGGAGCUUGGGUAUCAUUAUGUCAGUCAACAUUUCGUUCAGUAUGAAAGUCUUUAUGCUAACCAAUACAAUACAGUUUUGCUAUGCUUACCGGGAAACCACCAUUUCAAUCCGCUACAGCUGACGAGAUUUAUCGACGAGCCAAGGAAAGAGAAUACACCUGGCCACAACACUUUGUUGCUGCCAAUAUGAUUUCACCUGAAAUUCAAGAUUUGGUUUCCACCAUGCUACAGGACGCAGAAGAGCGACCUCAUCCAGAUGUCAUUGUUCAGCAUCCAUUUUUUACCUGCGGCUGGAUGCCCCAGGUUGAAGAGAUGAGCGCUGAUUUACUAGAGGAUCCUCCUAGGCCUGAUCAAUUCCCGUCAGUCGUUAUCAAACCUGGCAGGCCAAAUCCGUAUGCUCGAAGUCUCAAGAAAUUAUGUAUCAAGUGCGAAGUUGGUCCUUGGACUCCAAAGAAGCAGUACACCAGUCUCUAUAAGGAAUGCGCUUUAGAAGAGAAAGCCGGCCUCACUCCUCAUGUACCUCUGGCCGAGGAUAUUGUCUACCGUCCAUAUGCCGAAUGGAUCAGAGAACAAAACGAGCAACAUUUCGAAGAGAAAGCUGCAAUAGAGCCGGAGGUAUCUAGUACGGUUGUCGAAUCACUCAUUGCAGACAUUGCAGAUAUUGCAGAGUCGACCCUUGCGCCACUAGCUAAGAAGCCUGUAUCACAAAGAACAGUUUCACAAAUGGCUGUUAGUCAGAGUUUUGCCGCGCAACAACGCGUCAAAGAUCAGCCCUCAAAUACUGCUGCAUUGAGAGGUGUCCUUCCUCGACGACCUAACCAGAGAGAAACUAAGCUUAGAGAGACAGCCACUAGCACGAUUACGGAGAUCAAACCCCGUGGUAUUCUUAAGACGAAGACUAUUCCAUCUGUUCCACAAAUCUCUUCCGAAGCUGAAGGACGCCUUGCAGCUGAUCUGGUGGACGAAUUGAAAAAGGCUGACGAAGAACGAAAAACACAAGAACUGAAGAAGCAGCAUUCUACGAAGAAAGUUGUUUCGUUAUUCUCGCCUCAAGAGAAGUUGGAGUGGCUGCCAGGCAGUAAACCAGAUCACAUCCUUGAAGGCCUACAACGCCUUCAAGCAGAGCUAGAUCGAGCUCUAAACAGUAGAUCAAUCGCACCCACUCCCAAAUCUAGGCCACCGACACCUGCUAUAGUCGUCAAGUGGGUAGAUUAUACUAACAAAUAUGGGCUUGGAUAUAUUCUCAGCAACGGAAGCGUGGGUUGCGUCUUUAGGGAGACGCCUGCUGGUUCUCCGGAAAGUGAAGAUAAUGUCAUUGCUCCGUCUUGCAUUGUCAUUCGUGACGGAGAGAGGCAUCUAGCAAAUCGAACCAACAAAUCAUACGUACAUAGGCAUCAGAUUAUCCCAAUCUCAGGCCCAAACGUCGAAUUCUUUGAAAGUAAGGGUGAGAGGGGAAUGCUUCGUGGCUCGGUACCUGCAAAGACUUAUAGGGUUGCUGAAAGUACUGAGGGUCGGCCUGGGAGACUUCCUCUGGGAAUAGAUGCAUUUGAUAAUCGCAAACGGGAGAAGAUAUGUUUGUGGAAAAAGUUUGGUAACUAUAUGUUCGCAUAUGGUAGAGACGCCGACUAUCCUUACGAAUCCUGGACAGCCGGUCAGAACCCUGAAGCUACUGUGAACGGUACAGUUAUCACUUUUUAUCAGCGAUGGGGUGACGUCGGUUGUUGGGGAUUUAGUGACGGCCAUUUUCAAUUCAAUUUCCCUGAUCAUACUAAAGUCGUUCUUUCAGCAGAUGGAUUUUGGUGUGAUUUCUAUCACCUUUCUUUCGAAUGUGCACGAGAGCUUACUGAGAAGGGCACGCUUCCAUCGACUGCUCUCGAUGAGCGACAACACCUUUCCUAUCCACUUCAAACACUUCUGAACUUCAUGGCCAAACCAACGAGGACAGCAAAACCCACAAUACGCAAACGUCCUGAGAUUGAUCCAAUGAUCCAAGGUCUUCCCCAGGCGAAUGACUUUAGAAGAAAGGUUGAAUUCAUCAGAUGUGCGGUCAAAGAGUGGGUACAUAAUGGUGGUCUAGGAAUCAGUGAUAUGGAGCCUAAGACACGUUUACGAUGGAUGGGACAUCGAGAAAUUUAUGAUGAUAAGAAGCUCAAGCAUGUCUGGACAACGGUUGGGGGGCGCAAUGGAGAUGAGAGACGAGUUGCAUGGUACGAUCCUCGCAAACCGCAGGAGGUCAUUCUUGACGCCGAAGUUAAUGGAGUUAUGGUUGAAUGAUUGGGUCUUUGGUAUUUUCCAAAUUACGACGAAUAUCUUCAGUAUUAGACACGUUCAUGGCAGUAUCAUAACAACAUGGCUGGUGGGGAUCGGAGUUAUAUGGAGUAAUAAACCGACAUUUUGAGGAUUUGGAGUCGACGGCAUUCGUUGUGCAGCACAUGCACGGCGUUAUUCAUUCACCAGCAUGAAUGCAUUUUGGUUGCUGUACUUUUCAUUAUUUUUCAUUCAUCCAUCAAGUUCAAAUACCUUUUUGCAUGCAUAGCAUCUAGAUUUAGUUUUUCGUCCUUCAUGUAAUAUGAAGAUUGAUGAGCGAGCGGAGCUUCCUGGCUUUUUGUGUUGGUUUUUGGGUCCUGUUUCCAGUUGCUAGUUUCAACUGAGCUGGCGAAUUCUUCCCUCGUCGGAUGGUGGAAGGAAUUAAUUGCAGGAGUGGGUACUUAUACCCAGAUACCUUAUAAGUUCUUAGAUACUAAAUUAAUCAUAUACAUAAAGC